AGGUACAUCGGAUUGCUAUUUCAAGUUGUUGAUGAUAUUCUGGACGUAACAAAAUCUUCAAACGAGUUGGGGAAGACAGCGGGGAAGGAUUUGAUUGCUGAUAAAGUUACUUAUCCAAAACUCAUAGGAAUUGAACAGUCGAGGGAAUUUGCUAAAAAAUUGAACAUAGAUGCUCAGGAUCAGCUCUCAGGGUUUGAUCCAGAUAAGGCUGCUCCAUUGAUUGCUUUAGCAAAUUAUAUUGCUUAUAGGCAAAACUAAUAUUAUUUAUGUGCUAAAAUUGCAUUCAUAGUGAAUCUUGAUGCUUCUUAAUUUGAGUUUAAUGCAAUUUCUUCUUGAAAUAUGGAUUCUGGAGUCAUUCCUGUGCCAUCUAGUUUUGUAUGAAUACUCAUAAAAGCUCUCAAAAUUCUCUAAUUCUUGUAUUAAAAUAGUCCCUCAGAUUCAUAUCUUAAUGUUAAGUGAUAGCAACAUUAUAGAUUUCUAAAUUUUUUUUUACCAUAUAUAGAAUAUAAGACAUUCUGAAA